ACCGAUCGAUAUAAUCGAUGCACGUGCGAGUGGGCACGAGUCGUUGCUCACGAACUUGGUUGCCGAGACAACCGCGUCAGUUUUGCUUUGGGUUUCCUCCAGUAUGCAUAUAUAAUAUGCUCCGGCUUGUGUUACAGUCAGUUUGUUAUGCGAAUGCGAGAAAAUUCAGUGUUCGCGUAAUUUUGUGCAUAUGUUAAAUAUAUUCGAUUUUUGUUGUGUUAAAGGUCCAAAGGGAUCGAUUGAUGACAAUUACUCGAAAAUGGCGCAAAUUAAUGGACACCAUAUACCCGCGACUUGCCCGUUCAGUGCUGAUAAUGUGCAUAUGAAAGGUGAUGACAGUCAGAAACCAGUGAAACCAAAUCUUCGUGUAAAAGUUCCUCAGCCAAUAAGAUUGAAAAAUCUUAUAGCUAAUGAAGAGAAUUUCGAUACACUACAUUCGCAGAUAGAAGAAGUAUCUAGUUUUAACACAAAAUGCUCGGAAAAAGUGUGUCAGGCGAGUAUAAUGGAUAUCCCGAACCGUGGCGAUACUCCAAGGACAGUGGAAGAGGUAUUCAAGGAUGCCGAAUCUUUUCUCAAACAGUACUACGCAUCUAUACGAAGAGAAAAUUCCGAAGCGCACACAGGAAGGCUGGAGGAGGUGAAGCGGGAGUUAAAUGAAAAAGGAACCUACCAGUUGAAAACUUCCGAAUUAGUGUUCGGAGCUAAGUUGGCAUGGCGGAACGCUAACAGAUGCAUCGGUCGGAUACAGUGGAAAAAGUUACAAAUAUUCGAUUGCAGAGAAGUAACCACAGCGAGUGGAAUGUUCGAGGCGCUCUGUAAUCAUAUCAAAUACGCUACAAAUAAAGGAAAUAUAAGGUCAGCAAUAACAAUAUUCCCGCAACGCACAGACGGCAAGCAUGACUACAGGAUAUGGAAUCCGCAGCUAAUCAGCUAUGCUGGUUACUUGGAGCCAGAUGGUUCUGUACUGGGAGAUCCGGCGCGAGUCGAAUUUACUGAGAUCUGCAUUAGACUUGGCUGGAAGCCACCUCGCACUGCAUGGGAUAUAUUGCCUCUAGUGCUGUCAGCAGAUGGCAAAGAUCCCGAGUACUUCGAAAUCCCACGGGAAAUUAUUAUGGAAGUGAAAAUGGAACACCCCAAGUAUGAUUGGUUCAAAGAGCUAGGCUUACGCUGGUACGCGUUGCCUGCGGUUUCCAACAUGAGACUGGACUGCGGUGGUCUGGAAUUUACGGGCACCGCUUUCAAUGGCUGGUACAUGGGAACAGAGAUCGGUUGUCGCAACUUCAGUGACGCCAACCGAUUAAAUGUUAUCGAGACAGUAGCAACAAAAAUGGGUUUGGAUACGAAUUCGUAUGUGUCUCUCUGGAAGGACAGUGCUCUGGUCGAAGUCAAUAUAGCAGUACUGCACAGUUUCCACAGAGACAACGUCUCUAUAGUGGACCACCAUUCCGCUUCUGAGCAAUUCAUAAAACAUUUGGACAAUGAAAACAAAAGCAGAGGAGGAUGUCCUGCCGAUUGGAUCUGGAUAGUACCGCCAAUGUCUUCGUCUUUGACUGCUGUGUUUCAUCAGGAAAUGGCACUAUACAAUAUGAGACCUUCUUAUGAUUAUCAAGAACCCGCAUGGAAGACUCACAAAUGGAGCAAGACCGACGGCAACAAGACUGUUCAUAGGAAAUUCCACUUCAAGCAGAUUGCGAGAGCCGUGAAGUUUACUUCCAAAUUGUUUGGUCGAGCUCUCUCUAAGCGCAUCAAAGCGACCAUACUGUACGCCACAGAAACAGGCAAAUCUGAACAGUAUGCCAAAGAGUUGGGGACUAUAUUUGGACACGCCUUCAAUGCACAGGUUCACUGCAUGUCAGAUUACGAUGUGUUCUCUAUAGAACACGAAACUCUAGUCUUGAUUGUGACGUCGACAUUUGGUAACGGCGAACCCCCUGCUAAUGGAGAGGAUUUCGCUAAACAUCUUUUCCAAAUGUUGUAUAAUGAGAGGAAAAGUCAAGAGGAUGGGCAUGACGCGUAUAAUCCUGGUAAUUAUAAACUACCAACACCAAAGUCUUUAAUGCGUACAAACAGUUUAAUGGCACCUAAUAUUGAUUAUAAGAAACAGUUGUCGCGUUUGGAAUCGAACAAAAGUAGCAUAGCAGGAUCGUCGACAGUAGAACAAAUAGGACCACUCAGUAAUGUAUGCUUUGCAGUAUUUGCAUUAGGAUCUAGCACCUAUCCGAAGUUCUGUAACUUUGGGAAGAAUAUAGACAAAAUACUAGGCGAUCUUGGAGGCGAAAGAAUUUUAGAAUUGGCAUGUGGAGAUGAAAUGUAUGGACAGGAACAACAGUUUCGAAAUUGGUCAUCGAAUAUUUUCCACGUUGCUUGCGAAACGUUCUGUUUGGACGAAAGUGAUAUGAUAAAAGAUGCAAAGAAAGCUUUAACUACACUACCUCUAGCUGAAGAGACUGUGCGAUUUGGAAAACCUAUACCUGAUAUAUCAAUAAAAUGUGCACUUGAAUCAAGCUUUAGAAAACAGUUGAUUGCUUGUAAAAUCAAGCAUAAUAAAUUGUUAGGUGACUGUACUGCAGAUCGUGCAACAAUUUUUAUUGAUAUGGAACCAGAGAUUGAAUUAAAAUACGAACCUGGAGACCAUGUUGGUAUAAUGGCGUGUAAUAGAAAAGAAAUAGUAGAUGCUGUACUAGAAAGACUAAAGGAUAUCGAUGAUUAUGAUAAACCUUUACAAUUGCAAGUUAUGAAGGAAACACUUACACCUACUGGUGCAAUCAAAACAUGGGAACGACAUGAACGUAUAUCGACGGCUACAGUAAGAGAUAUAUUCACUCGGUUUUUGGACAUCACUACACCACCGUCAACAACAGUGCUGAAGUACCUUGCAAACUGUUGCAGCAAUAAAUCUGAAGCUGAGAAGAUUAGAAAAUUAGCUACGGAUUCAGUUGCGUAUGAUGAUUGGAGACAUUUCUAUUACCCUCAUUUGGCAGAAGUUUUGGCAGACUAUCCGUCAUGUAGACCUCAAGCUUCAUUAUUAGCGGCAUUGUUACCACCGCUGCAACCUAGAUUUUAUUCGAUAUCAUCAUCACCUUUAGCACAUCAUUCGAGAAUUCAUAUUACUGUUGCAAUAGUUGUCUACAAAAGUCAAAAUGGCAAAGGACCUACACAUUACGGAGUAUGUUCUACUUAUUUAAAAAAUUUGAAACCAGGUGACCAAGUAUUUGUUUUUAUUAGACGCGCUCCUAAUUUCCACAUGCCUAAAGAUUUGUCUGCUCCGCUUAUAUUGGUUGGACCUGGAUCAGGCAUUGCACCAUUUAGAGGUUUCUGGCAUCAUCGCAGAGAAGAGAGAAAGAAUGUCAAGGAAAGAGAGCAGGAAAAAGAAUUCGGUCCUAUUUUAUUAUUUUUUGGCUGUAGAAAUCAAAGAAUGGAUUUGUAUACAGAAGAAAAGAAGCAAGCUUUACAAGAAGGCGUCUUGAGCAAAGCAAUGGUAGCGCUGUCGAGAGAACAUGGUGCAGAUAAAAAACAUGUUCAAGAACUAUUAGAAGAUGAAGGUGCUGAAGUCACAAGGUUAUUAUUAGAUAAAGAUGGACACUUUUAUGUUUGUGGCGAUUGUAAAAUGGCAGAAGAAGUCCAACAGAAACUGAAGUCAAUUAUUAAGAAGCAAGCUAAAAUGUCGGACGAGGAAGUAGAUGAUUUCAUGUUAGAGUUAAUGGAUGAAAACAGAUAUCACGAAGACAUAUUUGGCAUAACACUUAGAACCGCUCAAGUGCAAAGUGCAUCGCGAGACAUUGCUAAGCGAACUCGUCAGGAGUCCAUCCAAUCUCAAUCGUAAAAAACAAUAAUAAUUUUUUGCAGAUAUUGACUGAUUUUGAAUGUGAAAUAUACCAAAUUUUAAUUCUGUAGAGCAUCCAGAAUAAUGUUGUUUAGACCGUAAGGCUAUAAUUAUUAUAAAUUCAUUUUAGAGUUAUGAUCAUUUUUAUUAAAAAUAUAUCAAACGUCUAAUUUCUUAGAAAAAGUGAAUAUUGCAUAAUAUUAUUUAUUUUUACUUCUUAUAAUUAUUAUAUUAUUGUAAGAAUGCUUUAAUAUUUUUAAUAAAAGUAGCUUCUAUUUUUAAAUAGAAUAUUAUUAUGAGUUGUAUUAAAUAAAUAAAAAGUUGUAAAAAACUUUAAGAAAAAAAAAUGCUUAAAAAACAAUAUACUUAUACUUUUAUCAGACUUUUUUAUUACAUUUUCUUUGAUAUUAAGUGAAUAUGUAGUAAUCUCUGUUAAAAUAGUCACUAAAAUUCUUCAACAACCGUUCGUGUUUGUACAAUAAUUUUAUCAAUAUUGUAGUCGGUUUAUCUUAAAUAGAAAAACCUUGAGGAGUUCUUACUUAAAUACCUACAAUGUAGAAUUAAAAAUAAAAAUAAUAAUUAAACGAAUCAACACGCAGUACUUGGUCAUUAAUCAUGUACCCAGUGCUACUCACAGCUGCAAGAUGAGCCGAAUACCUCAUUUGUCAAAAUCGGUCAGCAGUUCCUAGUUACUAUGAAGUUACGUAGCGUAAUGUUUACGUUAUAUAUUUGCCGAAUAUUCAAUUGCCAUUUUUAAUGGUCGCAAACCAAUUGGCAAUCUUUUUAAAUGGAAUUCAAUAUGACAACGAACAUCAGAAUAAGUAUUUAGUAUAUAAAUAGUUGUAACUUAACUAAUGUAAUAAGAAUUUCUUUAAUAAAAGACAUUUUGUAAUUA